AUGUCGAUGUUUUCUGAUUUUGUCAACUCACAAUUUCUGUUCUAUUCAUUUUCUUCUCUCUUUAUUUUCUAUUUAUCUUCUUCUCUCUUUAUUUUCUUGCCUCUGUUUUCGGCUGCAAAUUCGCGCGAAAAAUUCAUCUUCAUGGCGAAGAAAGACAAGAAAUCGAAGGAGGCCAAGAAGGCCAGAACCGCCGAAAAACAAAAGAAAAACUUGUCCAAGGCUGAGGUCAAGAACAAGAAACAGGCAAAAAAGCUCGGCGAGGACGAAGAUGAUCAGGAUAUAGAUGCUAUUCUUGAACAGUAUGCUAAGGAACAAGAAGCUUUUCAGGCUGUAACAAUCGAGGUUUGCAACAGACCGUCCAAGAGAAUGAACCCCACGUUGGUCACCAACCCCUCCAAGCGAGAACUUUUGUUGUUUGGUGGCGAAACCGUGGAAGGGUCCAAUUCCAAAUUCUACAACGACUUGUUCACCUACUCAAUUGACAAUCGAAUCUGGAGGAAAGUUUCUUCCAAAAACGCUCCUUUGCCCAGAUCGUCGCAUGCUAUGUGUGCACAUCCUUCUGGAGUGGUUCUUUUGUUUGGAGGUGAGUUUUCUUCGCCGAAACAAUCGACUUUUUACCACUAUGGUGAUACCUGGAUUCUUGACGGAGAAGACAAGGAAUGGACUAAAAUCGAACAGAGAAACGGUCCGUCGGCUCGUUCUGGUCAUCGGCUCGCAUGCUGGAAAAACUACAUUAUAAUGCAUGGAGGAUUUAGAGAUUUGGGUGCUAGAACCACCUACUUGAACGAUUUGUGGUUGUUUGAUAUCACCAAUUAUAAAUGGUCCCAAGUGGAAUUCCCUCCAAACCACCCUAUCCCCGAUGCUCGUUCUGGCCACUCGUUGUUGCCCUGUGCUGAAGGAGCAGUUUUGUACGGAGGGUAUUGUAAAGUUCCAUUCAAGAAAACGCUUCAAAAGGGUAAAGUGUUGAGCGACAGUUGGGUUCUUAAAAUGAAGCUGGAUCCUAAAGCAAUUCGAUUUGAACGACGCCGAAAACAAGGAUUUGUACCAUCUCCUCGGGUUGGCUGUUCGUUGGUCUACCACAAGAACAGAGGUAUAAUGUUUGGCGGAGUCUAUGAUUUCGAAGAAAACGAAGAAGAUAUCGACUCGGAGUUCUACAACAACUUGUAUUCGUACCAUAUAGAGAACAACAGGUGGUACAACUUGUCGUUGAAGCCACAGAGAAAGAAGCAAGUUCAGGUGAAGGAGAAGACAAGAGACGAGGACUUGGAAGAGAUCUUGAAUUCUAUAUUGGCCAAAGCCAAGUUGAACGACGACGAUGAAGAUGAGGAAACUGCAAAAGAAGUCAGCGAUAUUGACCGAUUAAAGCUUCAAGAAGAGGAGGAGGAAGCCGCCGCAACGGCUGCUAUACCCACCAUGAACCAGCUUCCUCAUCCUCGAUUCAACGCAACGGUAUGUGUUGCUGACGACACCCUAUACAUCUUUGGAGGAAUUUUUGAGCGCAACGACAAAGAAUUCAACCUUGACUCGUUCUACUCGAUCGACUUGGGUAAACUAGAUGGCGUGAAGGUGUUGUGGGAAGACUUGAAGGAGUUGGAGCAGAAAGAUGAGGACUCGGAAGACGACGAAGAUGAUGAAGAGGACGAGUAUGAGUCCGAGUCAGAAAGCGAAAAAGCCGAAAACGACGAUAACGAAGACUACGAGGAAGAGGAAGAGGAAGAAGCCGAAGAAGUAGAGGAGGAAUUUCCCGAUGCUCGGCCAUGGCUUCCUCAUCCCAAGCCGUUCGAGAGUCUUCGUGACUUCUACGUCCGCACUGGAGCCCAAUUUCUCGAGUGGUCGAUUUCCAGCAACAGAGAUGCCCGAGGAAAGUACUUGAAAAAGGCAGCCUUCGACAUGUGUGAAGAUAGGUUCUGGGAGCGCAGAGAACAGGUGAGCGUAGCAGAAGACAACUUGGAGAGCAUGGGCGGAGUUGGAGAGGUUGUGGUCAAGGAGAGCAAGGGAAAGAGAAGAUAG